AAUGACACAAGUUAACAUUCACCGAUUAAUCAAUUAAAAGUUAAAACAUUUCAUUUUCAGAUAAAAAAAGAAAAAAACUCUUUUCUCCGUAAUUUCUCUCUUCCUCAUCGAUUCAUCUUCUCCUCCAUAUUAUAUAUUGAGUUUCUUUGAACCAAUCAAUCCAUCAUCAACAAUGGCUGAAAACAAGAAGCUCAAUCACGAGGAAGAGUCAAGUCCUCUUCUUCAUCAACAACAACAACCACCUAAAGCUGAACAACAACAACCACCUAAAGCUGAACAACAACAACAGACGCAGCAGCCUCCUUUUCAUGGAUGGACCGCCGAUGGGCUUCCUAUGGGCCAUGGAAGCGUCAUGGGCCAGCCCAUUCCUCGUUCUCAAUGGAGUUCUAGCGUCUGCGCUUGUCUUGGUCAAAGCGAUCAUUUCUGUAGCAGCGAUCUUGAAGUUUGUCUUCUUGGGAGUGUGGCUCCUUGUGUGCUGUAUGGGACCAAUGUUGAAAGACUUGGAUCUAAUCCCGAAUCUAAUCCGGGGACAUUUGCCAAUCAUUGUUUGCAUUAUUCUGGUCUCUAUGUAAUUGGGAAUUCCUGCUGUGGUUGGAAUGCUCUUGCACCUUGGUUUUCAUAUACCAGCCGUACUGCAAUUCGUCGCAGGUUCAAUUUAGAGGGAAGUUGCGAGGCACUGAAUAGGUCAUGUGGGUGCUGCGGAAGCUUUUUGGAAGAUGAGGUGAAGCGUGAACAGAACGAGUUGGUAUGUGACCUUGCAACUCACGUAUUUUGUCAUCUCUGUGCUCUCUGUCAAGAAGGACGUGAGCUCCGUCGCAGAGUGCCCCACCCUGGCUUCAAUGUGCAACCAGUAUUGGUUAUGAUUCCCCCAGGAGAGCAGAGCAUGGGUCGUGGGGCUUGAAAAAUAUCCUUUCCCAUCUUGGAAGUGAUAUUAUCGUGUAUGUUACUGUGGCCUCUAUACAAUUUGAUGCUGUUGAACAGUUAAAGAGCAUCAUUGUUAUUUGAAUUUGGUAUAAAUAAGAACAUAAAACAUUAUAUUUUCAGUUUGUUUUCCUACUACUGUUCUGUAUUAUAUAUAUACAUUUGUUUAUUCUGGUCUAUGCAUAAUUAUUUGGUUCUAUGAACUGAAUGAAUCAAAAUUUAUUAUGAAAGGCCUGGUUCCUGUA